UAAAAAUGCGCGUGUAGCAGUUUAACCAAAAUGGUCUUAAAAAGCAAACAAACCAACAAACCAUCAUUAAUUAGUUUGAGUAUCUGAGUUUAAUGUGAUUUGUCUCAGAUUGAGUCUCCAGGAGGAGGAGGAGGAGGAGGAAGAGGAGGAGAAGCAGCCUCAUCGUUAGGGAGGAAAAACCACGUCACUGUCAAACAGUGAAAUCUGCGCUGGAGAGAAAGUUUUCAUACUUUCUUGCCUUGUAUCCUGGGAGGUUUUAUACAACGAUGCAGACGGGAUUUCGCUUGAACCCGAGCCCUGUUAAGGAGCCUCUGGGCUUCAUCAAGCUGGUGGAGUGGUUUGCAGCUCUGUUUGCCUUCGCAUGCUGUGGCGGUUACAGCGGAAGGAAUGUGAUCUCCGUGUUUUGUGGGAAUGAAAAAAACGAGACCCUUAAUGCUACUUUCUCAUACCCAUUCAGGUUAAACCAAGUGCUGUUGGUUAAAGACAAUGCCACGGUGUGUAACCGCACCAUGUCUGAAACACAUCUGAUGGGUGAUUCUUCAUCCUCUGUGGAAUUUUUCGUGGCUGUGGCUGUCCUGGCGUUCCUCUACUGCAUGCUGGCUUUGUUGGUUUACGUGGGCUACAUGCAUGUGUACCGGGACUCUGACUUUGGCCCGGUGUUUGAUUUUUUGGUGACCGCAGUGUUUGCAUUUCUGUGGCUGCUGUGCUCCUCAGCCUGGGCACAAGGGCUGCAGAAAGUCAAGUACGCCACAGGCACUGAAGGCAUCAGCAGCAGUCUGUUGUGCAGACAUCAGAAUGCUACAUGUGAGGUCACUGAAUUUUCCAGCAUGCGCACGCUGGAUAUUUCAGUAGUGUUUGGCUUCCUGAACCUAAUAAUCUGGAGUGGUAAUGCUUGGUUUGUUUACAAGGAGACGUGCUGGCGUACGCAGAACCGCAGAUCUCAGCAGGAGGCAGAGCGUGGACGGGGCCCAGGCCCAAUCUAGAGACAUCUCUCAGGCAAGCACAUGACCGUAUCAACCCACAAACUCCAUGGACUCUAUUGUUUUUUGAAGUAAUUUAGGAAUCUGUGUCAUUUGUCUAAGCAUUUUCUUUACUUAUACUCGAAAUAUGUAGUCAACAUAGACAAGUUUUUUUUACCUGCAUUUGUACCUGUUUUUUCUAUUCUAGCAUACAUUUAACUUCCUACAUUUGUCAUUAUUUUGUCAGUAUUAUGUUUAAAUGCAUUGUUACAAGGCAGUCAUUGGUAACUGCGACAGUGUGCUUUUUUUUUUUUUUUUUUUAACAGCUAUGAUUAAUGCAUGAAUCUGAUUUCUUCGAGCACAAUAUGUUCCUUGAAGAACGUUCAUUUUUACUCUUCUAUUCGCCUUUAAUCUAUGACUCCUGACAAAAACUUUUCCGCUAUUACUUACUAUUACUACUGUAACAUUGACCAGCCGAUUUGAUUGGCUGUAGUCCACUAUUGAAGCAUGUUUAAGAUCUUUUCAGAGCAGCUGAGAAGCACGAGCAUCACUGAUGAUAUCAGCUCCAACAUCAAUAAAGUGAUGUUGCUUUAGGAAAAUGUUUUACUUAAAGAAAUCACCUUAUAUUUAGCUUUGCGUAUUGUCUUUUUUUUUUUUUUUUUUACUUAUACAAGUCUGUGAAUGUUUAUGACUUUUAAUACAUAUUUUUGCAGCAAUAUCUUUUAUAUUUAAUGAAUAAAAGUGAGAUUGAAUAAGA